AUGAGUAUGUUACGAAAUCUUCUAUUUAAGCGUAGUAUUACCUGCGGCCCAUCAUUUAUAACAUCCCAAAUUCCCUGGCCGCGACUCAGCUGUUUUCGAUAUUUUCAUUCUUCGUUCGUUUCACGUACCAAUCUUAGUGAGUCUUUGAAAGAGUAUUUCAAGGGGAGACUUAACGAAAGCAUUGCAUCUGAAUAUGUGUUUAUGCGGAUGAAGGAAGAUGGACGCCCAAAUAAGCUUACGUGGUGUAGUCUCCAUCAAGCAAUUUCAAACGCUAGGGACAUGGGAGAUCAUGCAGUGCUAAAAGUUGCAGACCGUUCAGAAAAUGUAGAGCAUCCUAUUUGUGUUUAUGCUCCAAUUCAACUGUUGGAGAACAAGCAAAAUGAAAAAGCUGUACAGGAAGACAAAAUCCGUCGAUCAAAACAUAAGAGUAAAACUCGUUUACGAUACAUACUUUUGUCAUGGAGAAUUGAUAAUAACGAUUUGGAAAGAAAACUAAAAGGAGCCGAAAAAUUCCUUCAAUCUGGUAUUGCGGUAGAAAUUCAUGUCGAAGGAAAGAAAAAUACUCCUCCAGCCUCUCCUGAACAAAAACAACAGAUUAUAGCUGCAAUCACUCGAUUAAGUCGUACUGCCAAGGAAUCAACGCCUCCUAGCAUUACCAAACACUCUGCUAUUUUUAAUUAUCAAGGUGUCGAAAACAACUAG